ACCAUCUGUUACCUAUUGCGAGGAAGAAGAAGAAGUUGCCGUCUUCGGAAUCUCCGCUGGUUCUCGGAGCUGUGCGCUUUCUGAGCGCAUGAAGUCACAGUCUUGUCGCAGCGCCGUCUUGUCAUAGUCACUGCGCCAUCUUGUAUUAUAGUUGACCCUUAGCACGCGCCCGUAUAGGUCAAGCACCGAAACCGAAGUGCACGCGCUUCUACGAUGGAUUUGACCAGCCUUGCAGGUUGUUAGUCACAACGCGUUCCCCGGAGCAAGGCAAAGAACCUCUUGAGGGGGGUUGUUUUCGGUGAACCCUGACACGCCGUGGACAAUGUCCGCUCAGCAGCAAAUGCGGCAGAAGCUGGACGAAUUGAUGGGUACCGGCCGGGAUGGAACCAAGAAACCCAUUCAUUACUCCGAUCCCAAGGUAUGUCGCUGCUUCCUGCUUGGUCUCUGCCCUCACGAAGCCUUGUCCGGCACCAAGAUGGCGCUGGGUGAAUGCCUCAAGAUUCACGACUACGCUCUCAAGGCGGACUUCGAGAGCAGCUCCAAGACGUGCCGUUCCAGUCAACACCGCUUCUACGAGCUCACUGUGCUUACGUAUCUUCAGAAGGUCAUCAGGUCCUGCGAGGUCAUGGACCGUGCAAAAAAAGGCAGGCUAAGUCGUUGCCAAGCACAGAUGGGAGGAGCUGCUGCCGCUGAGAAACAAGCUGAGCUCAAGAGGUAUGGACACAUGGUCGACAAGAAGAUUGCAAAAGCCGAAGAGCUCGGUUCUCUUGGGAUGGUAGCGGAAUCGCUGGAGCUCAUCAAGGAGAUUGAGAAGCUCAAGGGGAAAAGGAGGAGGAUUGAAAAGUACCUGUUCCGUAAAUCUUCGGAACCCAUCAAGGAACAGAAACAGACGAUUUGCGAGGAGUGCCAGCUCUGCAUCGGUCUUGACGACAACGAGCAGCGCGUGGCUAACCACUCCAGCGGUCGUUUGCACCACGCUAUCCUCGCAAUGCGCCGAAAGAUUACUGAACUUAGUGCCAAGCUUGAAGGCAUCAACCUUCCCAGUGACUGGGCUAGGUUAGAGGCGCUACAGCAGAUACGCAUGAGUUCCAAUCCUGCAUUGGCCUCCACAAGAGCAAUGAGUGGUAGCCCUUACUCUCAAUCGCGAUCUGGGUCGAGGUCUAGGACGCGAUCAAGAUCAAGGUCGAGUUAUAGGUCUUAUUCUAGAUCCAGCAGGUCUUCGUCGUACUCUAGGUCUAGAAGCAGUUCACGGUCACGGUACAGUAGGUCGCGAAGCAGGUCAAGAUCGUGGACUAGAUCAAGCACUAGGUCUUGGACACGAUCGAGAAGCUGCACGAGAUCGAGAACGAGGUCGAGGACAAGAUCGAGGACGUGGUCUAGAAGUAGAUCCAGAAGUAGGUCCGCCAGUUCUUCAAGGCACAACAGAUCGAGAUCACGCGGUAGCUACAGUAGGAGCAGAUCCAGAUCCGCUUAUAGGAGGUGUUGUUCGACGUGUUCAGGAAGCAGGUCCAAGUCGAGUACGAGAUCAAUAAGCCCCCGGAAGGCCUCUAUGCCAGACGAGGGUUGUUCGGAGACCGCAAAACUUCCAGCGGUUCAGGAACAACGUUCAGGACAACAGGGCUUACGAAUGAAAAUCGAGCGAGACCCCUACAGGCUUCUAACUUUGUCCAGAUUGCUUCCUACGUCGCACACCGUCUCACAAAACAAGAAGCUUUGCCAGGGUUCCUCAAAUGUGCCUACAUCUGCUGUCGAGUCCAGCGGAAAGAUACCUUCGAGAGCACUAAGAGUGGUAACUGGGAAGAAUGACCUACUGGAACCUGCCACGAAAUCUCGAAUUCCCGUCAGGUUGCCCACCGUGUCUCUGGGGCAGCCACAGACAAAGUUCAAGAUACAAGUUCGCAAGAUUAUGCCGUUAGACGUCCGUCGAGAAGACAAAGUCACGUUGUCGAGAGACCAAAGCAAAACGACAGACAGUGCAGAAGUUCAGAAAGCGACAACAGGUUUGCAGAAACACAACAUGAACGCUGAAAUCCACAAUAAGGCGGGGAGCGACGAUGGAAGUGUUAAGGCGUUAUCAGUCGUUUCUUCGAAGGUUGCUCUGUUUGAAAAGAAAAGGGUGGCCCAGCGAAGCUACCGGUUCAGACGACCUCGGGAACUGUCCGAAGGAGAGUGCAGUACUACUUCUACGGAGCCAAAGUACACCAAAAAGCCACUGAAAAAAGUCACCGAGAAGCCGAAAAACAGAAGUACCAAAGCUCUGAGGUACUCACCUUCCUCCACUUCAAGCGAAUCCGAACCGAAACAUCCGAAGAGGCCAAAAAAGAAGCGGACCCCGAGAAAAAAAAGAAAGAAAUCGACGUCGGCAAAGACAAAGGCGAAGAUUAAGAAAGAGUCCAAGAGAAGCAGAAAAAGGAAGAAGCCCAUUACUACUUCAGAAACCUCGUCCUGUAGCGAAGCGGAAUAUUCCAGAAAGAGACAGCCCGUCAGAAAGCGCGAGAAGAAGGUGAAACGGAAAGCAACGAGAACGACUUCGAACGCGUCUUCUAGGGCUACUUUCAAGACUGCAGCUAAAGUUAAGAGAAAGUCGAAGAAAAGUGGCAAGGAUGUGAAACGGAAGAAGAGAGAGUAAGGCAGGACACGUAUGGGCCCCCUUGGCGUGGCGGCGCUAGCUUGAGUAGGAUUUUCAUUAUUUUCGGGUAAACUAGGUAACUUAAAUAAAAUAUUUAUGAACUUA